GGCCGCUAUAUAGUACCAUGGAGAAAAGAAUUUAAGCAUGAAUGGAGAAAGCUCGAAAAAAAAACCUCAAAUACUAAAGAAUUAUAUUCUACAAACCUGGAUCAAUGGACGUGUACGUGCUUAUCAUAUAUGAAAAGUAGAUUUUUCUUAUGCAAGCAUUUAGUUAAUUCUGUUGGUGAAGUUCAACGUAAUGGAGAUUAUCCUAUAAUCGCUACAUAUGAAGGCGAAUUUGUAAAUCCUUUUUGUUUUCAAAAUCCUAAAGUUUUAGAAAUCUCAAUGAUUAGAGAGUCAAUUAUUGAAUACGAAGACGAUUAUGCAAUAGAGGAUAACAAUGCCGAUGAAGAUGAUGAAUACGCAAUAGAAGGUGAUAGGGAACAAGAAAUUUAUAAUCAAAGUCUGGAUCACUUAAAUAACGUAUUAAAUAAGACUAAAAACAUGCUUGAGCAAUCACGUAGCAAAUCUAAAGGUUAUUUGUGGUUACGAAAUGUUUAUCCAAACUUUAAAUCACUUGAAAAAAUGAUUGCUGAUAUUGAAACUCUUGAUAAUCGAUGUACAAUGCCAAGAACAUCAAAGGACUUUAAUCGCAAUACAUUAUAUUGGGAUUAA